GUCAGUCAGUGUGAGUGCAACAGUGAGAGAGAGAGGAGCGCAACGCGGUGCUCUGUGGAGGGUCAGAAAUGGAUCCCUUGUGGUUCUCGGUUCUUCCUGCUUCGUGAGACCUCGGCAUCAUAAUGGAACACUCGGCCCGGGAGGUUUUUCGUAGGACAAUGGUGUAUAUGUUACUGGCGGCGGUGAUUAGCCAAGUGGUCAUGGAUUUGAUGGUUGUUAAGGCGGAAUUCGUCCACAAGAACUUCAACUUAACGGAGAGUCUAGUGGGUGACAGCUCCUCCUCUUCGUCGUCACCGUCGUCGUCUUCGUCAACCUCGUCCUCGGAGCCUGUCAAAAGUCUACGGGUUGGGGAUGCCACGCUUGAGAUGGAAGGCGCCGAGGUUCGCUGCUACUGUAACCUCCCACGCUGCGUCACUCUCGGCUACAUGUGCAAGAGUCUCCUCGGGGCCUGCUUCACCAACAACACGCCAGCGCCCACGCACGCCUACUCCGGCACCCACAAACUGCACCACCGCUGGGCUCCCAUGAACGGCUGCGUCGAGCUACUUCCACGGGAGAGGCAGGCGGAGUGCGUGAAGAAGGCGGGGGUCAGGCCGCUUCAGGGAGCCCUCGGGAUCACCUCCGCUCCCACGACCCCGGUGCCGCCUCAGCCUGACCCCGCCCUCUCCUGCUGCCGUUAUGACAUGUGCAACUACGGGGACCUCGACGUGUACAUCCAGGUGGAGAGCGACGGGCAUGCAGACCGGAAAAGACAAGACUCUGAGCUGGAGACGCUGUGGUUCCGAGCAGCAACAAUCGCAGUGCCCAUCGCCGGGGGCUUCAUACUGAUAGUGCUGGUCUUGCUGGCCAGUAAGAUGCUCGCCAAGGAGAGUAAAAGACAAAGGAUGGCACAGCAGGUGCUUGGGGAACACUACCUGAAGGCUGCCCUCUACUCAAGUGGCAGCUCAGCGGCCCUCACCCACACGGCCAUGUGCUGCCACCCCCCGCUCACAAAAGACGCCCACGUCAACGAAAUAAACUUAAGAAACAGUUGUGAGGAGAAGCAUCCAAUCUACAGACAUCCUGGUGGACACGCCUGCAAUAUUGAGGAGAUCAAACCCCUCAACACCGUCUGCCAAGAUGACCAGUGGGACCAACGAGAGGCAGAAUCUCCGCCCCUCUCCUGAAGGGUGUGGCGGUGGGCUCGUGUGUGUGUGAUAGUCUGAACUACACUUCAUACUGGAGUGAAUGGUUUACUUCCAUAAGCAACCCUACAGCGUUGAUGGUCCAAACAAAAACAUUAAUCUGCACAAACUGUUGGUACGCUCUGUGAACUUGAAGCAGACAAUCCUGAGGUGACUUGGAGCCUCAGCGUCCAGUGCAGUGCUACUUUGAUGAAAUACUCAAUAUAUUAUAGUGUUGAUGUUUUAUACACAGUUUUAUGUGCUUUCAAAUAAGAUGUAUGUACAUUUUUAUACAUAUCAUACAAAAGGUUUCUCCUGUAUUAUUUACAUGAAUGAGAAUUGUCAAAUACUACUGAAAAAGAUGAACUAUUGUGAUUAUUUGCUCAAAAAUCAGAACCGUACUGGGGAGCGAACCUGAAGGAACACCGUAACUCCAGGAUCAAACACAUCACCGACCGAGUAGUGAUGGCGAUAACCACUGGCAAAGUUUGGGUCUUUAGAUGACCUCUGAGGCAGGAUGGGUGAGUGCCUGGCAUGAGAGGGCACAGGCUCUGUUGUGUUAGUGUUAGUAAGGGCUCCAGCAAGCAAUGUUAGCAAGGCAUUAGUGGCAAGAAAUGUAUAUGAAAGGGUAACAAAUAUAGUACCUAAAUACUGAAAUGAUGUAGAAAUUUCAGCGGUGGUUAAAUAUAAAUAUCCUCACUGCAACAUUGGAAUAUAAUGCUUGCAGUGAGGCUUACAGUAACUUCCCAUGUACUGGCAAAGUGAAUGUUAGCAGUAUUACGCUGAACCUUGGAUGUGCAAGGAUGUGGCCGCCAGAAGGGAGACUUGCGUUAGUGAAAAUGACUUCACCAAAAUUACAAAUGGCAAGUCUCCUCAUAUCUGGUGUUUGGUUGGAAAAGAACAAGCAUGACAAGCACAUCACAGAAAACUUAAUUUCCUGGACUAAUCUGUGAUAUGUUUAUUUGCUUAUUUCCUCUCGUGGUGUUCACAAGGUGCUUCAAGUAAGGCAAAGCUUUGCUGCCUGUAAGCCUUCCAGAGCUCAGGAUUUUGACACCAAGUUUUCUUCUUUUCUCCUCCCCUAAACCGCUGUAAUAAAUGAUGCGUGUUAUGAACUUGUCUGUAUGUAGGCAAGUUAACUACAGCACGGCACUUUCAUUGGUUGUCAUUACGAAAAAGAAAAAUUGGUGUAGCCAAGCACACCCUCCCCAUUACAGCCGCCCAUAGCAAGACUGUUUUGUAUGUUAAUGAUGGCUGUUGAAGCUACACGGCAGAAAUUCAGAAAGAACCUCCCUCACCUCUGUUACUCCUGUGAAGUCUGCAAGAAAUAUUCAGUUGGUAGUUUGUGGACUAGUUCCUAUUUCCUGCAUUCCCAAUAUGGUGGUUUACAAAAAUUAUGAUUGUGAUUAUUGUAACAAACUAUGUCCUGUCACUCAUCUCACACACACUGUUUCAAUAUGCUGAGAUAGUAGUGACAGAAAUCAGAUGUUAGUGACAGGCAAAAUUCCAGGAUAAAACAUUGGACUGCAAAAAAAGAUUGUAAGGACACGUGGGUUGUUUUCCAGUCGAUCUCUUCACUGAUGGCGAGUCAAUAUUAGGAAUUCAUUGACGGCCAAGACAGAACACCGACUUUUUUACAAUUACAUGAGGGUUUUGAUGUUAUAAGGAAUUCAUCGACGGCCAAGGCAGAACACCGACUCUCUUACGAUUACAGAAGGUUUUGAUGUUCGGCAAUCUUCUGAAGCAUGGUGUACUAUAUCUACCAUGUUCCAAAGGUUGGGUGCUCUACAUUUUUACUCUGCUGUACAGAAUGCGAUGCUGCAGAGUUGCUAAGUGCCGCCCUUGUUGGUGCUUCUGUGCAGGAGUGAUGGAGGAAUUUUUUGCAGGCAUAAACAUUUGUCUGGUGAUAUUACUUGCACAUUGUGAAUCAAAUAUUUAUUGCAAAUGUUUUUUUUUUAUUAUAUCAUCCACAAAAUAA